AGGGCAAAACUAGCCAUGAGAUCAGCCAUAGCUGAAUCUCAAGGUGUUUCUAUUGACCUUGAAGAGGAAGAAGAAGCACUUGAGGGCAUAGUGGGCUCUCGGCGUGGCCCACGUAUCCGCAAACCGACCAUCAGCUCGCCCAUUGCUUCUGCUUCCUCUAGUAGAGUACUUGGCCGGGGCCCUGUUCCACUUCCAUCACAACGAUCAGGUUCGAUAGGUGAUUAUUUUGUGCCCAGAAACACACCUGGAGGACAACCAUCAUUAGAGGCUAGUGGAUGGAAUAAGGAGGUACAUGAGAAAACUGACAUUGCAGUUGCUGAUUUUUGGUACUUCAACAACAUUGCAUUCAAUGUGGCGGAGAAUGCUUAUUGGUUGAAUUUGGUGACUGCUAUGAUAGUUUCAGGAAAGGGGUACAAGGCCCCUUCUCGCAGGGAUUUGAGUGGGAGGUUAGUAAAUUACUACAUAGUCCACUUGAUUUCAUUUUUAAUUAUUUUUUAGAUUUCUUGUUUAUUAAAUCAAAAUUGUGUACUAAUACCUAAUUUCACUUUGCACUUACAGGUUGCUCACAAAUGCAGUUGCUAGGGCAAGAAAAGUGAUGGAGGAUCAAAAAAUUGAUUGGGCAAAUUAUGGCUGCACCAUUCUUUCUGAUGGGUGGACAGAUGGCAAGAACCGCACCAUCAUCAAUUUUUUGGUCGCUUGCAAGGACAAUGUAGUGUUCUUGAAAUCUGUCGAUGCCUCCAACAAGGUGAAAAAUGCAGAAACAUUGGCUGGAAUGUUGGAGCGUGUCAUCAUGGAGGUGGGGGUAGAGAAUGUGGUGCAAAUCAUCACAGAUAAUGCAGCAGCAUAUGUGUCAGCAGGAAGAAUCCUCCAAGAGAGGCACCCCACUCUUUUUGGACACCUUGUGCAGCACAUGUCCUUGACCUUCUUUUGGAGGACAUAGGAAAACUUGAGUGGGUGACUCCAGUUGUGGAAGAUGCAAGGAGGAUCACCAAAUAUAUCUACAAUCACCCUUGGGUCCUAAAUUUGAUGAGACAACACACGCAAGGGAAAGAUUUGGUGAGAGCUGGUGUCACAAGGUUUGCAACGAUUUUCUUGACGUUGCAAAGCAUUCUUGCUGCAUUGACUUCUUUGAAACAAAUGUUUGUGAGUGGAGAAUGGCUUAACUCACCUUAUUCAAAGAAGCCUGAAGGAGAGGCUGUCACAUGCAUAGUCUUCGACAACCAAUUUGCACAAAGGGCUGCAGAGAUU